GCUUUGGGAGCCUAUAUAUGAGCUCUCGUCGUCUGGUCCAAGUUUGUUAGGUGUUAACCGCUUUCAAUUCGUUUCGAGUGGUACGCAACGUGGUUAAUCACAAAAAUACCGGGCUAUAGACCAUCACCAUCAUGAACGGCACAUAUACGAACGGUCAUGCUAACGGGCAUACCAACCAGUAUACCAAUGGUUAUACCAAUGGUUAUACCAAUGGGCAUACCAACGGUUAUAGUAAUGGCCACACAAAUGGCGCCGUGAACGUUACGACCAACGGCGACGCCACCACAUACAAGAAUCCAUCUCUCCAAGUCACAGAAGACCACAGGAUAAAACUUGUGGAUGCACCGAUAGAAGAACCAGGCUUCGGAGAGGUCCUCCUACAGAUUAAGUGCUCCGGAAUUUGCGGAUCUGAUAUGCAUCUAUGGAAAUCGGGGCGCAUAGGGUCUCUGGAGGUCAAAGGUGACUGCAUCCUGGGUCACGAAGCUGCUGGUGUUGUUCUUAAGUGCGGAGAGGGCGUAACGAGUCUCAACCCUGGCGACAGAGUAGGCAUUGAGCCCCAAGAACCGUGCGAGCAAUGCUUUCUCUGCAGGGAGGGCCGAUAUAACCUCUGCGAUAAUGUGAAAUUCUCGGGCAUCUGGCCUGACAAUGGGACAAUUCAACGAUACAAACGCCAUCCUGCGAAGUGGUUGUAUAAAAUCCCGGACAAUUUGACAUAUUCAGAGGGAGCCCUGCUUGAGCCUCUGAGUGUAAUCUUGCACGGAAUCAAAGGCGCGAACGUUCGUCUUGGGCAGCCUUCACUGAUUUGUGGCGCGGGUCCCAUUGGCCUCGUAGCCCUUGCCGCGGCACGAGCGUCCGGCGCAUAUCCGUUAAUUAUCACAGAUAUAGACGCAGCGCGCUUGAAUUUCGCAAAGGAGUUUGUUCCACAAUGUCAAACGUACCAGGUCAACACGAAACUCAGUCCCGAGGAGAAUGCAAAACGGAUCCGAAAGAUGUACGGCAACGAUGAAUAUUCGCAACCGGCUUCAGUCAUGGAAUGUACGGGGGUCGAAAGCAGCGUGUGCACAGCGGCGUUCGCUGUUCGGAGAGGGGGCACUCUCAUGGUUAUCGGCGUCGGUCGACCCGUCAUGAACAAUAUUCCAUUCAUGCAUCUAUCUCUGGCCGAGAUCGAUCUCAAGUUCAUCAAUAGAUACCGAGACACAUGGCCGGCGGCUAUCAAUUGUCUCAGCGGCGAGGUGCUUAACCUAAACAAGUUGGUGACGCACAAGUUUCCGCUGGAGAAUGCAAUUGAGGCCUUUGAGCUUUGUGCCGACGCUAGCAGCCUUAGCAUUAAAGUCCAUAUUGUAGACGAAGUGGAUGCCCUCCUCUAGAAAGCAGAGCAAGACGAUGAGAAAGUAAUGUAAUAGAUUUCGGGAGGUCGACUGAAUAGGAUAGUAUGUAAUGAUAGCAAUCUAAAAUUUAAUGUAGCCAGCUAAGACUCAUGGAUACCUAUCAUGAUCUAGACUGCGGAUUCGUCGCCGCCUACGAAUGUAGGUGUAGCAGCCGCUUGCUUGCAUGCGACUGUAGUUCAUG